GUGAAACUGCGGAGAAAUCGAAGGUGGCUGGUCUUCCCCCAAGGAGCGUGAAGAAACGUGCUGCGAAAUCGUGCCCCAAGACUGCGUGGGGAAAGCUCCUCUCUCAGUGUUCUAAGGAAUGACACUGUUUUGCUUUUUACAGUUUGUUUUACCGUUGAUUGAGUAUUUUCUGGGAAUGGGAUGCAUGGUCUAAUCGGAUCCUGGUUUUAGUUUUUAUGAAGUCUAGGUUUUAAACUUUGGUUGCGUCGAUAUCAAUGGAAUCAUGGAAAAUUAGAGGCCAAAGCUGCUGAGGCCUUCGAAACGUUAAUGUUGUUGGGUAAAGGCUGUUUCCAAGGUUUGAAUCUAUGGCCCGAGAGUGCAAAACAGCAAACUUUCUGUUGCCCCAAGGCUCGCUCACCUUCAAAUUGAUGAUCUUAGUAUUGACAGAUAGCUAAUGCUUUCUGCAUGAUGGGCUCUCUGAAAUUCUUCGAGCUAACUAAAUUUGCUAAAAGCAUUCUUGGAUAGUUGCCUUAAUUGCAGUUACCCCUAGCCUGCCUUAAGUGCAGUAUCUUUGGGCUGCCUAAUUUCAGUAUCGAGAGGUUGUGUUUAGUUCCACAUCAAUUAGUGAUAUAGUCAAUAUAAUUCUUGUAAAAGGCUUUGACAAUCUUCCCCUUACAAGCCAAUUUGUUGGGUUAAGUUAACCCUAAGCGCAAAUUAUAAGGGGCAUUGUUUGCAUUGCCAAGUGCAGUGUAAAUAUAAGCUGACGUUAAGUGUUUUUUUUUUGUGGAAACCUGACAUUAGUGUUUAUUACACUCUACAUUGGUAUCCUUUCUUGUUUUGAAUUUUUUUGUUGUGUUGUUUUCUAGAAGUGGAAAUGGUGAGGAAGUGUACAAAAAAGUGUCGUAUCUGAGAAGAAUAUACAUUAAGCAAGUCAUGCAGAAUCCUCAUGUGUGCAUGACUGAACCUAUCUUCACCGUUGGUCAAGGUCAACAUUGUAAUUUAUGGCUUAAAGAUCCCACCAUUGGUAGUGUUUUGUGCAAGUUGAGCCACAUAGAGCGUGGAAGUUCAUCGGGUGCAUUACUGGAAAUCACAGGGAGCAAAGGUUCUAUUCACGUUAAUGGGAAGACUUAUAGAAAGAAUGCCUGUCUAAUUUUAAGUGGAGGUGAUGAGGUUGUCUUUGGUUCUUCUGCCAAGUAUGCUUAUAUCUUUCAGCAGCUGACGAAUAGUAUCAUUAGUACUGCUGAUAUAGCUUCUUCUGUGAGUAUCUUGGAAGCCCAGAGUGCUCCAAUAAAUGGAAUGCAAGUUGAAGCCAGAUCUGGAGACCUUUCUGCUGUUGCUGAAGCAUCUAUAUUGGCAUCUUUAUCUAAUAAUAUUUGUAAAGAAUUAUCUCUCCUACCACCUGCUGCUAAAACUGGCAAGAAUGUGCAGCAGAACACUGACAUUUCAUCACUACAUUCUGGCUGCGGGGAUGAUAUCACAGACAAUGAAAUGAGUGAUACCACCAAUAAUGAUGAACCAGCUGGAGAUUUUUCUGCUGAUAAAACUGUUCUUGGAUCCUCUACCACUGUUAACGAAAAUCCUAACCUUGGCUCAGCAGAAGUCGAUACCAAUAUUGAUGCAGAUGUUGGGAAGAUGACUACUGCUACAUAUGAGUUGAGGCCAUUACUGCGCAUGCUUACUGGAUCAUGUCCUGAAUUUGAUUUAAGUGGUAGCAUUUCCAAGAUAUUGGAAGGGCAAAGGGAAUUAAGAGAACUUCUUAAAGAUGUUGAUACCCCAACAGUAUUGGCAUCAACCAAGCGACUAGCAUUUAAGGACAGUUUACAACAGAGAAUUCUCAAAGCUGAGAAGAUUGAUGUCUCAUUUGAAACUUUCCCAUAUUAUCUAAGUGAUACAACAAAGAACGUUUUGAUUGCUUCUACAUUUAUUCAUUUGAAGUGCAAAGGCUUUGGAAAAUAUGCUUCAGACCUCCCAUCAGUGUCUCCACGAAUAGUGUUAUCUGGUCCUGCAGGUUCGGAAAUAUAUCAGGAGACUUUGUCCAAGGCACUUGUGAAGCAUUUUGGUGCCAGGCUACUAAUUGUGGAUUCUCUUUCACUGCCUGGUGGAUCACCAUCAAAGGAAGUUGAUUCUGCCAAAGAAAGUUCUGGGGCUGAAAAACCAUCUGUGUUUUCUAGGAAGAGAAAUUUCCAGACUGCCAUGUUACAGCAUAAAAAACCAGCCUCUAGUGUUAAUGCUGAAAUUAUUGGUGGACCCAUGCUAAUUUCUAGUGCAUCAUCGAAAGGCGCUACUCUUAGAAAGGGUGAUCGAGUAAAAUUUAUUGGUAGCUUUCCUUCGGCUGUCUCAUCACUACCAAAUUAUAUUUCAAGGGGACCAAGUUAUGGCUCCCGGGGCAAAGUUCUCCUAGCUUUUGAAGAUAACGGGUCUUCAAAAAUUGGGGUUAGGUUUGAUAAAUCAAUUCCAGAUGGAAAUGAUCUUGGUGGCCUUUGCGAAGAUGACCAUGGGUUCUUCUGUUCUGCAAAUCAUUUACUACAAGUAGACGGCUCUGGAGGGGAUGAUCUUGACAAAGUUGCAAUUAAUGAAAUCUUUGAGGUUGCCUCUAAUCAGAGUAAAAGUGGUGCACUCGUGUUGUUCAUUAAAGAUAUAGGGAAGGCAAUGAUUGGCAACUACGAAAUUUUAAAAAGUAAAUUUGAAAGCUUGCCACCAAAUGUUGUGGUAGUUGGUUCUCACACCCAGUUGGAUAAUCAAAAGGAGAAGGCUCAACCUGGCAGUCUUCUGUUUACCAAGUUUGGAAGCAAUCAGACAGCACUACUUGAUCUUGCUUUUCCGGAUAACUUUAGUAGACUGCAUGAUAGAAGCAAAGAAACCUCAAAAGUUAUGAAGCAACUUAAUCGCCUUUUUCCAAACAAAGUGACCAUACAGUUGCCUCAGGACGAGGCUUUACUCUCUGACUGGAAGCAGCAGUUAGAUCGUGACAUUGAAACUAUGAAAGCUCAGUCCAAUGUUGUCAGCAUUCGCUUAGUUCUCAACAGAAUUGGAUUGGAUUGCCCUGACCUUGAGACUCUCUGCAUCAAAGACCACACCCUAACGACUGAGAGUGUGGAGAAGAUCAUUGGAUGGGCUUUAAGUUACCAUUUUAUGCAUUCAUCUGAAGCUUCAAUCAGAGAUUCUAAGCUUGUAAUAUCUGCAGAAAGCAUUAAGUAUGGACAUAAAAUUCUACAGGGCAUUCAAAAUGAGAACAAGAACAUGAAAAAAUCACUUAAGGACGUGGUUACUGAGAAUGAAUUUGAGAAAAAACUACUUACUGAUGUUAUUCCACCGACUGAUAUUGGGGUCACAUUUGACGAUAUUGGAGCUUUAGAAAAUGUUAAGGAAACCUUGAAGGAAUUGGUCAUGCUUCCUCUUCAAAGGCCUGAAUUGUUUGGCAAAGGACAGCUGGCCAAGCCUUGCAAGGGAAUAUUGCUUUUUGGCCCCCCUGGCACAGGAAAAACAAUGCUUGCAAAGGCUGUGGCAACUGAAGCUGGAGCAAAUUUUAUUAACAUUUCAAUGUCCAGCAUUACAUCCAAGUGGUUUGGUGAAGGAGAAAAAUAUGUCAAAGCAGUCUUUUCUCUGGCCAGCAAAAUUGCUCCAAGUGUUAUUUUUGUUGAUGAGGUUGAUAGUAUGUUAGGAAGACGUGAAAAUCCUGGUGAACAUGAGGCUAUGCGUAAAAUGAAGAAUGAAUUCAUGGUUAAUUGGGAUGGUUUGAGAACAAAAGAUAAAGAGCGUAUACUUGUUCUUGCUGCUACAAAUAGACCUUUUGAUCUUGAUGAGGCUGUUAUUAGGAGACUUCCACGAAGAUUGAUGGUUAAUUUGCCAGAUGCUCCAAAUAGAGGAAAAAUUGUCAGAGUUAUUUUAGCAAAAGAAGAUUUGGCACCUGAUGUUGAUUUUGAAGCAAUAGCAAAUAUGACUGAUGGAUAUUCAGGAAGUGACCUAAAGAAUCUCUGUGUCACAGCAGCUCAAUGUCCAAUAAGACAGAUCUUGGAGAAGGAAAAGAAGGAGAGAAGCUUAGCAUUGGCUGAGAACCAACCUUUACCUCAGUUGUGUAGUAGUACUGACGUUCGUCCCUUAAAGAUGGAGGAUUUUAGAUAUGCACAUGAGCAGGUUUGUGCUAGUGUGUCAUCGGAGUCAACAAAUAUGAGUGAACUACUCCAAUGGAACGACCUUUACGGAGAAGGUGGAUCAAGAAAAAUGAGAUCUUUGAGCUAUUUCAUGUAAAGCUUCCUGUAUAGCAUUUAUUGGUUAGGCAAUUCUUCUAUCACCUAAAUGGUGUGUGUAACAAGGUCAGAAGUGACCAAUUGAUGUGAAAAUCCCAUCAUUGGCAAUGCCUUUAUUGUGUCGUGGGUUUUCCCUUUUUCCCCUCCCUCCAACCCUCACCAUCCCCUGCUCUACCUCCAAUUUUUUUCAAAGUAUAAUUUGUUUGACAAUUUCACUGAGAUAAAGCUUAAUUUUAGGUCCCCUUCUGAUCCACCUCUUUUCCUCUCCCAUUACUUUUUCUCCCCAUACCGGGCUUUCGGCUUGUAAAUACCCAGUUAGUUUUUAAAAACAAGUCUGAUUUUUUCUAAUUCCAUAAACAAAUCCUACGACCUUGUAUUUUGAUUUGCAGUGUAAAAACCCCUUCGGGAUAAAGAAGUGUAUAACUGGAAAUUAUAUGCACACUUUUCUGCACAUCCAUCAUGGAAAGUGAAUAUGCUGUCUUUGUUCAGUCUGAUUUUAAAUUACCUUGAUCAUUGCUUUUCUAUUGUCUUCUGGAAAUGGAAAGCCUAGUUAUACUUGAUUGAGUUCAUGGUCGAAUAUCCUGCUCCUCUUAUUAGACAUGGUCAUUUUCCCGCAGUGGGUCUGUUCUGUCUGUCCAUGAAAUUGUCAUUGAUGAUUGUGAAAUACUAUGUUUUUAAGUCAGUUU